AGAGAGUCGGGAUUCUGUUGAAUACGCCAAGUUACAAUUUUCAUUGAUUGAACUUCAUUCAUGCGCGAUCUUUCGCGGUUCAGGUGUCUCUCUCUGCUACACAUCAAGCCAAGAUCUUCUCACCAAACCUGCCAAAUCCUAGCUCAAUUGAUCUUAAAUCGCCUCACUUCCCCGCUUCAUUUGGCCAAAUUGGUAGAACAGUACUGUCGCUCGACCUCCGGCACCCGCCAAGCAAACUCGAUCCUCGCCCAAUUUCACCACCCAAACCUGUUCCUCUUCAACACUCUGAUCCGAUGCACCCGUCCAAAGGACUCCAUCCAUCUUUUCGCCACCUGGGUUUCGAGGAACAACCUGGUUUUCGACGAUUUCACCUAUCUCUACGUUCUGGGUUCCUGCGCGAGAUCACCGUCGUUCUCGUCGUUGUUGCUAGGGAGACAGAUUCAAGGAAGGGUUCUGAAACAUGGGUUCAUUGCGAAUUUGAUGAUCCCGACGACUUUGAUUCAUUUUUACGGAUGGAAUAAGGAUGUAUAUUCCGCGAGGAAGGUGUUCGAUGAAAUGCCCGAGAGAAGCGUUGUGACGUGGAAUGCGAUGAUGACUGGGUAUUGCUCGCAGAGAGAGAAGGCUGACGAAUAUGCUUAUGAUGGGGUAAUGCUGUUUAAGGAGAUGUUGGUUGUUGAUGGUGAAGAGAGACCGAAUGACACCACGAUGGUUGGCGUGCUCUCUUCUUGUUCCCAAUUGGGGAUGCUUGAAACUGGAGCUUCCCUCCAUGGUUACAUGGAGAAAACCAUUUGUCUGCUUGAUAUGGAUGUUUAUUUAGGCACUGGUUUAGUUGACAUGUACUCAAAAUGCGGCUGUCUGGACAGUGCUCUGAAGGUGUUUAAUGGAAUGCGUGUGAGGAAUGUGCUGACAUGGACGGCUAUGGCGACAGGUCUUGCCAUUCAUGGGAAAGGGAAAGAAGCAAUGGAAGUUUUCAACUUGAUGGCAAGUUUCGGUGUUAAACCUAAUCUGGUAACUUUCACGAGCUUGCUCUCAGCUUGUUGCCAUGCGGGUCUAGUUGAGGAGGGGGUUCAUUUGUUUGAGAUAAUGGAAGUUCAAUUUGGUCUCCGCCCGGGAUUGAGGCAUUAUGGAUGCAUCGUCCAUCUUCUUGGCAAGGCUGGAUACGUAAGAGAUGCUUACGAGUUCGUCAAGAGAAUGCCGGUGGAGCCUGAUCUAGUCCUAUGGAGGAGCUUACUGAGUUCAUGUAAAGUCCAUGGAGAUGUCGAUUUGGGUGAGGAAGUGGGCAAGAUAGUCGUACACUCGCAUCCAGAAAUGAUGGAGUUGAGUGAGGAUUAUGUAGCUUUGUCUAACAUCUAUGCAUCAGCUGAGCGAUGGAAAGAGGUCGAAACAGUGAGGAAAGAAAUGAAGGUGAAGGGGGUAGUCAAUAAGCCGGGAUCAAGCUUAGUUCAAGGCAUAAGCAAUCAUAUCCCCUUGGGAUGAUACAGGUAAUAAGAUCAUAGUAAACACCAAUCAAUGGUGACGUCAAAGAUGAGAACUUUGGUGUUUGUCAUCCUUGAACUCGAUGUUAGGAAGGCAGAAGUUAAAAGAUGUGGACUAUGGUUACUUUUACUAUUUUCCGCAGUUGACAACUUCUCCUGUUAGCCUCCUACCAGUCAAGUCAAACUAGGGACAAAUCAUAAUCAUUCGACAUGAUAACUUGCGUUUUGAAAAUGAAUACUUAUUCUUGUGGGCUGUUCUAUAUAGGAGAGGAAGAGAGAAUCCAGUUGGUAACAAACAUUUAGAGCCUCAGAUACACUUAUGAAUGGCAGCAAGCUCAACUGAGUUCUUCACAACCACGUAUCCUGUUCUGCAAAUGCUCCAAGCUAGCAAUUCGACGCAGAGAAGCUGUUCGGCCAAUCUUGUUGCCUGUUAUUGCUCCUGUUGGUCGAGCUCCAUCAUCUGGGUGUCCAUUUUCAACUGAAGAAACAUCUGACAUGCAAUUGGCGGCAGGUUUGUUUGGAUGGUGAGUAACAUUCUGAUGAUUUGGAGUUUGGAUGAUCAUCUUGAACAGGAACGGCUGCUUCUGCUGAAGUUUCGGAAGCAGUUGAUGGCAUGCUGGCCGUGGACAUCUCCUGCAGUCCCUGAAACAUAGGGUUUAAACCUGUAAUCCUUUUGACCCCCUCCUCAGCCAUCUUUACCUGAUAUACAAAACUCCAAUGAUGAGAAGAAAGAAACCAAGUCUGCAGAAGAACCACUCUGGCUUAUUGUGAAAGGAGUUUACCUUCAUUCUUAAUGUCUCGACAUCUUCUGCUUUUAGGACUCUGUUGUCAACAGCUGCUUGAUUGUACUUAUGGUUGAUGUCGUUGAGACGUUUUAACGGAGGAAUUUUCAAAUCUUAGUUGCGAAACCUGCAGUGUAUAAAAAUGUUGAAUUACA